AGUGUAACCGGUCAUGAAGAGACAAGUGCCACCUCAGCGGAGCUACCAAUAUAUACACAUAUGUUGCAGAUGAAUGAAUCUCUGGUGUUCGCUCUUCUUAUCUUACGUACCUUUGUCCGUAUCUAUCAGACACUGAAUGACUUUCGUCAAUUUUCAUUGCUCUUCCAUGUUCCUGCACACAUGUUCUAAAAGGCGGUGUAUUGUAAGUGGCGCCCCUUCACUCAAUGCAAGCAGAUACAAAUCUGAUUUCAUGUUGGCUAGUCCCAUUAGAAAAGUGAAAUUCAGUUUCAAGUUUGAUAAAGUGAGGGCUGUGAUAUCUGGAGAAGGAGAUAUACUAUCUCAUCCUAACAACUAUAACAGUCCAAGACAAGAUGUCUUAAUAGACAAAUUGGCAGAAGAACCAAUUAGAAUUAGGCAGCAACUUGAUACAUUUUCUUUUGGAACAGUCGCUGAUGAGAUAAGUCCUACAAUCAAUGGCUUCUUUGCUGAUAGAAAUGAAUAUGAUCUGGAUUGUCCUACACAGGGGUUUUCUUCUAUCCCUGAGGCCAUUGAAGAUAUUCGUCAGGGAAAGUUAGUUAUUGUUGUAGAUGAUGAAGAUAGAGAAAACGAGGGGGAUCUGAUAAUGGCAGCAUCAAUGGUGACACCAACUGCAAUUACAUUUAUUGUUGAGUAUGGAACUGGGAUAGUGUGUGUAAGCAUGAAAGAAGACGACCUAGAGAGGCUGCAACUCCCACUGAUGGUGACACAGAAGGAUAAUGGAGAACAACUUGGCACCGCAUUCACAAUGACAGUGGAUGCAAAGCAAGGCACUACAACAGGAGUGUCUGCUCAAGAUAGAGCAACAACAAUCCUGAAACUUGCAUCAAGAAAUUCGAGGCCUGAUGAUUUCAAUAGGCCAGGUCAUAUAUUUCCCCUGAAGUACAGAGAAGGAGGGGUUCUUAAAAGACCAGGACACACAGAAGCUUCAGUUGAUCUUGCUGUGUUGGCUGGCUUGGAACCUGCUGCAGUUUUAUGUGAGAUAGUAGAUGAUGAUGGUUCAAUGGCUAGGUUACCAAAGCUUCGACAAAUGGCAAAGCAAGAAAACUUGAAAAUCAUAUCCAUUGCUGAUUUAAUAAGCAGAUACAGGAGAAAGAGGGAGAAGUUGGUAGAGUGUGCUUCAGCUGCACUGAUACCAACCUUGUGGGGACAUUUCAAAGCUUAUUGCUAUCAGUCAUUUCUGGAUGGGAUUGAGCAUAUUGCGAUGGUUAAAGGUGAGAUAGGUGAUGGGCAGGACGUACUUGUGAGAGUACAUUCUGAAUGUCUCAUUGGGGACAUUUUUGGGGCAACAUGUCAAUGUAAAAACCAAUUAAAACUUGCAUUGAAGCAAAUUGAAGCAGCAGGUAGGGGUGUCUUGGUGUAUCUCCGAGGAAAUGAAGGUAGAGGUAUUGGCUUAAGCCACAUGUUCCGUGCUAGCCCAUUGGAAGAUGACAAGUAUGAGGAAUUGCAGUUACCUGUUGAUUCUAGGGAGUACGGUAUUGGAGCACAGAUACUACGAGAUCUCGGGGUUCAUACAAUAAGGUUAAUGACAAAAUAUCCUGCUGAGUACGACGGGCUCAAAGGUUAUGGCUUAACAGUUGCAGGAGAAGUUCCUCUUUUGACACCAGACUAACUGGAGCUGGACACCGCCAAGAGAGAUCAUGAGAUACUUGAAAAUUCAAUAUUUAAAUUUAAAACAUUUGAUUGGUAUAUGAAUACAGCAUUAUGACGAAAAAAAAGAAAUAAUGGUCAAACUGCUCCUCUAAGAUGAUGUUAUAUAUAUCUCGUAUAAGUAGGUCAAUUUUGGGCAAAUUUUUACUUGUGUAACAUAUCAUAUCUUGAUCUAUCAACAGCCAUGAAGUGAUGCUGUUAGUAUUUGAUUAC